AGAAGAAAAGAAGAGUUUUUUUUGCCCAGUGUUGGUUGAUUAUUUUCCAAGUUUUUUUCGAGUGUUGGCCAGUGCUUUGGACCCGUUUGGUUUCUCCUCAGGUUUUUUCGAAAAAAAAAGGUAAUUCUGAAAACUGAAACUUAAUCGUUUGCCGCUGGAAAUUCAAUGUGAGUUGUGGCUGUGUCAAUCCCCUUCUCAAUCAUCCCGUUACCCGUCGAUCGCCGCCUUCAAUCAUUCAAUCACACACGCUUGUUCACUCAGUUGUCAAUUGCAUUAUCGCAUCUCAAAGUAAACACCGCUAAAGGCAUACCAAUGGAAGCUAGGACAGUCUUAUGAUGAACUUGCUGGUGGUCAAGGAAAGCGGCGAGCGGAUCGCCGACAUCAGCUGUAGCCAAGAGCAUAAUAGAACCGAAACUCAGCCAAAUCCCAGACGAAUAGCCAAUCAUCGCAGUCGCAAGCUGGCGCAACUUGAGAUUUCAUCGGGAUCGGGAGGAUCUGGAACCGGAAAUGGAAGUGGAAGUGGAAGUGGAAGCGGGAGCGGAUGUGGACCUGCCUUUCGGUGGCAAUUGCUUCUACUCCUACUGCUCUGCAAUUGCAUUGAUCUUACCGUUUCGAACAAAAUCUCCUCAGUGGGCGCCUUCGAGCCGGACUUUGUGAUUCCGCUGGAGAACGUGACCAUCGCCCAAGGUCGGGACGCGACCUUUACGUGCGUUGUGAACAACCUUGGGGGUCAUCGGGUGAGUGGUGACGGUUCGUCAGCCCCAGUCAAGGUCGCCUGGAUUAAGGCCGAUGCCAAGGCAAUUCUGGCCAUUCACGAGCACGUGAUAACCAACAAUGAUCGAUUAUCGGUGCAGCACAACGACUACAACACAUGGACGCUCAACAUACGCAGCGUCAAAAUGGAGGAUGCCGGCAAAUACAUGUGUCAGGUCAACACGGAUCCCAUGAAGAUGCAGACCGCCACCUUAGAGGUGGUCAUUCCGCCGGACAUCAUCAACGAAGAGACCUCUGGAGAUAUGAUGGUUCCCGAGGGCGGAUCCGCCAAGCUCGUCUGCCGAGCACGCGGUCAUCCCAAACCCAAGAUCACGUGGCGACGCGAGGACGGCAGGGAGAUCAUUGCCCGCAAUGGCUCGCACCAGAAAACAAAAGCCCAAUCGGUGGAGGGUGAAAUGCUGACGCUGUCGAAGAUCACGCGAUCGGAAAUGGGCGCCUACAUGUGCAUCGCCUCCAACGGAGUGCCGCCGACGGUGAGCAAGCGGAUGAAGCUACAGGUGCACUUUCAUCCACUGGUGCAAGUGCCAAAUCAAUUGGUUGGCGCCCCCGUCCUCACGGAUGUCACAUUAAUUUGCAAUGUCGAGGCAUCGCCGAAGGCCAUCAAUUAUUGGCAGCGCGAGAAUGGUGAAAUGAUUAUUGCCGGCGAUCGUUAUGCGCUCACCGAAAAGGAGAAUAAUAUGUACGCCAUCGAGAUGAUUCUGCACAUCAAACGACUGCAAUCGAGCGAUUUCGGCGGCUACAAGUGCAUCUCCAAAAAUAGCAUCGGCGACACCGAGGGCACCAUCCGGCUUUAUGAAAUGGAGCGACCCGGCACUCAGAAAAAAAUUCGUGAUGAUGAUCUCAACGAAGUGUCGAAGAACGAGGUGGUGCAAAAGGACACGCGCAGCGAGGACGGGUCACGCAACCUGAACGGAAGGCUCUACAAGGACCGGGCUCCGGAUCAGCACCCGGCCAGCGGGGGCGACCCCGUGCUCCUCGUCCGAGGACCAAGGCGGCUAAUCGGUAUAUUUCUAUUAGCCUUAUUGGUUUUAUUAACGGCAAUGGCGGAGGCCGGGCCAACCACAUUGUUCUGCCGCACAAAGGGCGGCAGACAAAAGAAUGCCGGGGCAACGAGUUUGAAUGGGCGGCGGCAGGAUAUGAAGGAUAAGAAGUGGAGCAAGUUCUGGGAAAGAUCAGCGCGGAGUUGGAGCAGCGGGGCGAAGGCGGCAGAGUAAGAUUAUUAUAGCUUAAUUCAAUUGUAAUUAUACAAACAAGAUUAUGAUGCAAGGAGCUCCUGCCCCACAUCCACACAAAAGAGGGCAUUAAUCACCCCCCUAAUCAUCUACGCCCAUGCUAAUUGCAAAGGGGGUGGUUAGGAGGGUGGUUAAGGGGGCAGGGCUAAUUGAAUGCAUAUUAAAUCAAAAGGAGGAAGGAGAAACUAAAGUGUCGUAGUUAAGUGGAAAAGAAAACGCGUUUAAAUGUUACCUCGUUAGUGGAAAAUGAUGAUGGAAAGGAUGAAGGCCCCAGUCCCACAAAAGGAAAGUCAACUAUAAACAAUAUUGAGAUUAAAAAUGGUGUUCGGUUCUUUAAAAGGCUUUAGCUACUCUGAAGUGAAAACAGAAAAACAAAAAAAAAAACAGUAUGAUACGGUAAUGGACAUUGAUAUGGAUAUUUCUAGAUGUCUAAAGAAUAAGUCAGGUUUUUUUUUGCGUUCAUUCAAAACUUAAUUCGUUGGGUUUUCUAGAAGAAAUAUACGCAUACAUAAACGCAUCUGUAUGUAUUAAGUGUUUAAUGGAAAGAGUUCUGUAUAUAUAUUUAAGGCCUGCUCAAAGAGAAGGAAAAUUUAUGGCUAAAGGGGAAAAUGUUUAGACGAUCUUUGCAAACUGUAAAUAUUUAUAACCUUAGUGAUCCCGAACUAUUGUAGUUUUGUUGUUAUCAUGGAAAAAUGGCUCUAUUUUUUGGCCCCUCUGUUGUCACCUUCGUUCUCACGGCUCAAAAGACUAAUGCGGACCCUAGGCUUAAGCCAAUUUUGGAAACCCCUAAGACAUUAAUCCGCUAAAACUGUGUGUGUGUGAUUUUUAGCUUUAAAAAUUAAACACCGAGUUGAAAUAUAAAAAAAAAAAUUUAAGGCAUGCCAUUUAUGUUCCUCAUAGACCCUUCGGUGUGCUGAGUUCGAAUCUGGCCAUAAAAAUGGAAAAAAUCCACCUCAAAGUUAGAAGCAUUAUCUACAUAAUUUGAUUAUCUGUGGUAGUUUAGAAUUCAGCAAA